AUGCUUAAUCUGCAUAACCCAGUUGACCGAAGAUGUUGUGAAGGGAAUUCUCUACAAUUUUUGGAAAGGCAAAGUGAGUCAGGAGUUUACCUCAACCACUCGUCAGUCAUGGCAGCUAGGCAAGGGCAGUUUAACAGCUUACCUUCCAGAACUGUUGGCAAUGUUGGCCCUUACUACAACGGAACACACACAAAAUCUACCUCUAGUGCUGAUAGCGACAGUUUGGAUCUACCCCCUGAAGGUGUGGCGCAUAAUCUGGAGCAGAUGCGUUUGCUGCAUAAGUUCAAGGAACUGCGUCGACAUCAAAUUCAGCAACAAGAGAUCCUCAUGCAGCAGCAAGAGCAGCAGCUGGCAUUGCUGCGACAGGAAAUGAAACAACGUCAGAGGCAGGUAACCACUCUGCAGCCUCAUUUAGUCCCCAACGUCGAUCUUUUAUCCUUUCCUCAGUCCCCAACGUCGAUCUUUUAUCCUUUCCUCAGUCCCCCCAGUUCAUCUUUUAUCCUUUCCUCAGUGCCCCCCGUAUAUCUUUUAUCCUUUCCUCAGUGCCUCCCAUGCAUCUUUUAUUCUUUUCUCAAUGCCCUCCCCAUACAUCUUUUAUCCUUUUCUCAGUGUCCCCAUACAUCUUUUAUCCUUUCCUCAGUCCCACCAUCUAUCCAUCUUUUAUUCUUUCCUCAAUGCCCCCUCCAUCCUUCAUUUCUACUUACUGCAGUCCCCCCGUUUGUCUUUUAUCCUUUCCUCAGUCCCCCUCGUCUAUUGUUUUAUCCUUUCCUCAGUCCCCUCAAAUCUAUUGUUUUAUCCUUUCCUCAGUCCCUCUUUCUAUUUUUUUAUCCUUUCCUCAGCCCCCCCUCCGUCCAUCUUUUAUCCUUUUCCUCAGCCCCCCCCUCCGUCCAUCUUUUAUCCUUUCCUCAGUCCCCCCGUCCAUCUUUUAUCCUUUCCUCAGUAAUACCCGUUCAUUUUUUAUCCUUUCCUCAGUACACCCCACCCAUCCAUCUUUUAUUCUUUCCUCGGUGUUCCCUCCGUUCUUUAUUUCUCCUUCCCGCAGUCCACCCUGUUCAUCUUUUAUCCUUUCGUCAGUCCACCUCCAUUCAUUUUUUAUCCAUUCCUCAGUCCCCUGUGUCCAUCUUUUAUCCAAAAGAUUUGCAUCAUGUUUUCAAUGUGGCCUGGAUAGAUACUCCAGAAGAGAAGAUAGUAUUACACAUUGCAUAA